CAGGGAUGUGUUCUUGCGUCUUGUUUGGCGCGGGCUAGGGUUUAUAGCGACGCCGAUCUAGGUUCUUUCGUCGAUCGAUCGCCGGAUCUUGACGCGGUAUGGUGAGCGAUCUACGUCUUGCGGCGCUCGUGCUCCUUGUAAUCUUGUUCUUCUGCUACGCGUCGGGACCGGGGAUCGGGAUUGAGCUCCAUUCCGGGGAUCCGGAGCCCGAUGAGCAUUCAAUCGCGGAGAUUUCGGAAGCGCAGCACCAGAUUGUCGAGUCGGAUGAACAGCUCCUUGAGAUUCCAUCCAAUCUAACCAAUGACAUAACCAAUAACAGGGAUCUUGCCGAAGAAAAAUUUCCAGCUCUGUUCACUGAGAAUUCUAGCAAGGGAGAAGAAGUCACUGCCUUUGAUCCCGUGCACCAGAAUUCUAGCAAGGGAGAAGGAGUGGAGCUUGGCACAGAGCUAGUGGUUUCAGGGGAAGAACGAAAGACGGUGCGUUUUUCUCUCGUUGGUUUGGACGAGUACAAGCGACAGGCGACGAUUGAGGCCUCGGCAAACGAGAAUCCAGUCGAGGAGAAUACCACUGUCCGGCACAAGCUCGAAGCCGAGGGCAAGGAAUACAACUUUGCCGCAGCCUCGCACGGUGCGAAAGUUGUGAGCUCAAACAAGGACGGCAAGGGUGGUGGCAACAUUCUCGUCAAGGACAACGAUAAGUACUUUCGCAGCCCAUGCAGUGCCGAGGAGAAGUUCGUGGUUGUGGAGCUCUCCGAGGAGACUCUGGUGGACACAAUCGUCAUCGCCAACUACGAGCUCUACUCGUCCAAUCCAAGGGAGCUGGAGCUGCUGGGGAGCCUGAUGUUUCCAACCGAGGAGUGGAAGCUCUUGGGGAAGUUCGAGGCGGAGAACGUGAGGCAACCCCAAAGGUUUGUGCUGCCGAAGCCGGAGUGGGCGAGGUAUCUCAAGCUGAGGAUACUGUCUCACUAUGGGGCGGAGUUUUACUGCACGCUUAGCGCCGUCGAGGUGUUUGGAGUCGCGAUCGAACGCAUGCUGGAAGGUUGGAUUGGCAGGAAGAGCAAUGAAGACUCUGGUGGCGAUCCUUCACGAAAGCCGGAUGUAGGAGACAAAAGGGACGCAUCAACAACGCCUGGUGGUCCUACGAACGCUGGUCCCGCAGGAGGUUCCACCGGUGGUUCCCAUGGUUCUUCUACGACGUCGCUUAACAAGUUCCUGAUCGAAAAGUUGAAGCAAUUGGAAAGGGAACAUAGAGUUCUGGAGAAGUACGUUGACGAUCUGAGCACUCAUCACAGCGCUGUUUUGAAGGAGUACGAUCAGGAGCUGUCGAACGUGAUGAAGCGACUUAAGAGUAUGAAUGACGCUUGGAAGAAGCAACUACGUGUCGCUGAGGAGAUGUUUUCCGAAUCCACGGGGGAGCUCAGUCUAUGUAGGAUGCAAGUGGCUCGCAUGGCCGAUCGAGAGCUCGUUGCGUUCAGUGUGGCGCUCCUGGCAGCGACGCUUCUCAUUUUGCCAAAGACCAAAUUCCCAAUCGUCCUUGCGGUAGCAGGCUCUCUGGUGAUGCUCAUACUUGCCGUGUGACUGAGGAGGACUGGAACAGCAGAGACAAGCUUUUGUCGAUUCGAAGUUUGUAGAUCGAUCAAAUCGUCGUGAGACGGUGGCGAUUUUAUUUUUCCCAGGUGGCGAUGAUUUAAAGGAUUAGUGUAAAGGAGCAAACGAAGAGGGAUUACCUUUUUUUCUUGUUAUUUAGCGUGAAUCAUAAGAGAUAAAGACAUAUCCGAAAGUUUUUCAGA